GACGAAGAUUGUACCCCAUGCAAUCCUCAAGGGGCAUCAGGAACGAAUCCGCCCUCCGUAGGGCCCGAACUGAAGGACAUGUACGUCGACUUGCUGGCAUCCGUUAAGGACAUCCACUUCCGAAAGCGUUGGGCAGAACCUCUCAGUGCGCGCGACGGCGAUUUCUGCUGUCGCCAGACCCUGGACUGCGUAAACGUACAAAGUCUGAAUAUCCCAAUGUGUUACGACAAGUUCACCACAAAUUUUGCCUUCAGCGACGGAUCUUACGGAUCGCUGACGACAGGCGACUAUACCCAAGGCGACGCCAAAGCGAAUCUGAUCAGCGGCGACUACACGAAGGGAAGCGAGUCGGGUAACAUCUACGCGCAGGAUCCUUCAGCGAAACCGAAUACGGCCACGCUGUCGAUCCCACCUCAGUGGACUGGCACUGGUGUAGGAAGCGCCAUUCCUGCUACCGGAUUGGGUUCGGUUAUUGUCAUAACGACUACCAUUCCAGGAACCACGGUCAGCGGUGCAACGACUUUGCCUGCGUUGACGACGCUGGGCACGACGAUUCCUGCACGCACCGUUACAGCGGCGACAACAAUCGCCCCUAUGACUGCGGUUGUGACGACUACAGUGGACGGGUCGGAAACCGCAGCCGCUUCGUCUUCGAGCAAGGGAGCAGCAACACAACUCUCCACAGACUCCACCAGGUCGUUCGGGAUGUCGAUAAUCACGGCAUUGUUGUACGCCAUC